GUUUCACUCUCUGCUGAUUCCCUGCGCUGAGGUGCCUGCAGAGCUCGGCUUUCCCCCGUCUCCUGCUCGCAUGCCCUUUUUGUAGGUUCUCCUUUCCAUGGCUGACUCUCCACUCAACAACUCCUGGCCCUCUUUCUCCAAGUUCUGGAUGAAACGAUGGUCCUUCAAAAGAGGCUCGGAGUCCAAACCAUGCGCCCUGUCAGAGCGAACGAUCUCCGGGACCAGCUCUUCUUCGUCUCUGUCUCCAGCCUCUAUCGCGGAGGACAUCUUCUUUAGCGGCGCGCCCGAUAACAAGAAUUCCUGCUUGGUUGAAAGUGACUUUGAGUGCUCUGGUGCAGACAGCAACGUGGACGACCUCUUGGACCUAAACUCUUCUUUGAGAGGCUCAGAGUAUUUCAGAGACCUGCACACAGGACCUGGAGUGGACCUGAGCCAAUCACAGAACCAGCGGUCGAUCCUAGUCACCCCUGUGGGUGAAGUCCAUCAUAGUCCUUCUCCAAUUAUCCACCCUGUGCCAAACUGUGAUUUGUGCCACCCACAGCAUAGCACGAUGGUCUCGCAGUCACAUGGCGACAUUGAUCUGCUGUCAGAGCAGGGUGAGGCAGUCUCUGUUGACGCAGUGGUGGGUGUGGAUGGCCCUGGGGCGAAACCGGAGGUUGAUCCCAAUAUGGAGAGUUUCCCCAUACUGGUCAGGUCCAUGUCCACUUCACGCAGACACAGCUGGGACGUGCCACUGUCUCCCGUCGGCCUGGGGAGGAGGUUUAGUCUGGACACAGCGAGCAUUGACAGUGAUGUGGACAGAGAAGAUCAGAGUGGAGUGCAGUGCUCUCAGCUCAUCUCUCUAUCUCCCUCCCAGAGCUCUGUGGAGGAGUUAGCUAUGUCUGGAGCAACAUGCAGCACCAAAACCUCACAGACAUGUGCAUUUGGGAGGACUGUAUAUUCCAGGUCGGAGAUCCUGGCCACGGAUGAGAAGUCUCGCGCAGAAAGAGUCUCUCGCAUUCUGGAAACUUCCCAGCAGGCUGCUAGGGCUUCAGGAGAGGAAAACGAUGAAACAGAAGGACUGGGAUCUGCAGAAGGACAAUGUCACAUGCUGAUGGUACAGAAAGUUCUGCAAGAGCUUAAGAUGUAUCAUGGAGCCAAGGGCAGAACGUCGAGUGCAGACAGAAAAGAGUCUGGGAGCGUCACCUGGUAUGAAUUCCUCUCCAACGAGAAUGAGGAAGAGGAGGAGCACACAGAGCGGCCAGAGAAGGGCACCAUGGUCAAGCGCACUCUGAGCUCUCUGAGGAACCGAAUGACUGGCUCCUUCAACAAAGACAAGGGUAAGAACCGGGAGAAAGAUCAGCAGAAAGAGAGGGACAAAGAAAGAGAGAGGGAGAGAGAGAGGGAGAGAGAGAGAGAGAGGGUGCUGAAGGAACAAGAGAAAGCUCACCGCCGGAGUCUGAUUAGCCGCAGUAGCAACGGCCACCUGCUCGUCCCGGGUUCCUUCUCCAGCCUUGCCACAUGCUCACUGUGCAGCAAGACCCUGCACAAAAAGCAUGGCCUGCAGUGCCUCAACUGCGCCGUUAACGUCCACAAGAACUGUAAGAGUCUCCUGACGGAUUGCAGCAACAGCAAGAACAAGACAAAAGAUUUUGCACAGAAGUCCACUGGGGCUGCCCAGUACUCUAUUCAAGCCACGAGGGAGCCCUGGCCCGGCCAGGGGCCCGCCGCCGAUGGCCUUGGCCGCACCGCCUCAGGCAUGACCGUCCCUCCACGAGGACCUGGUGCCCAGCCAGCCGCCGCCAACAGCAGCAGCAGCAGUCAGCCCCCCAGCCACACCAGCAGCUCCAGUUCCAUUGCAGGAGAGAUGGAUGACGUGGACGGGUUCAGAAUAAAGCGUAGUACAGAGGACGCCGUCUCGCUCACUGUACUUCCUGCUGAGUCCAGCAUCGUGGAAGACGCAUACUAUGCAAACGUUCGAGCGGAGCUGGACACCAUGGCUCUGGACUUGGAGGCGGAGUCUUGGAGCCUGUCUGUGGACCAGCAUUUCCUAAAGAAACAUUCCAAAGAUCUGAUCAAGAGGCAGGACGUCAUUUAUGAGCUGAUCCAGACGGAAAUGCACCACGUGCGCACGCUGAAGAUCAUGCUUCGCGUGUACAUGCGCGAGCUGCGCGAGACGCUGCAGCUAGACGAGCGUCGGCUGGAUUGUUUGUUCCCACGGCUGGACAGUCUGCUCGACCUGCACAGCAACUUCCUGUCCCGCCUCCGAGAACGGCGCCGGCAGUCCCUACAGGCAGACAGUGAGCACAACUAUGUCAUCCUUAGGGUGGCCGAUAUCCUCACUGAGCAGUUUUCAGGAGAUCUUGGCAAGCGUAUGAAGGAGAGUUAUGGUGCUUUCUGCAGUCGUCACACGGAAGCUGUCAGCUACUACAAAGAGCAACAGCAGAACAACAAGAAGUUCCAGAACCUGAUAAAGAAAAUCAGCAACCUUCCCAUCGUGCGGCGGCUGGGCGUGCCCGAGUGCAUCCUGCUGGUCACCCAGCGCAUCACCAAGUACCCGGUGCUGGUCGAGCGCAUCCUGCAGUACACGGAAGCUGGCACAGAGGAGCAUGAGGAGGUGGCGCGGGCCCUCACCCUGAUCCGGGACACCAUCGUGCAGGUGGAUGCCCAGGUGAGCCUGUACAAGAAAGAGACACGUCUGCGGGAGAUCGCCUCCAAGACGGAACCCAAGUCCCUCGGCCGGAUCAAGGACGGCCGCAUCUUCAGCAGGGAGGACCUGGGCCAGGGCCGGCGGGUCCUGCUGCACGACGGCACUGUCAGCUGGAAGGCAGCUUCAGGCCGGCUCAAAGAGAUCCUGGCUGUGCUGCUCACGGAUGUGCUGGUGCUGUUGCAGGAGAAGGACCAGCGAUAUGUGUUCUCUGCUGUGGACAACAAGCCGUCGGUGAUCUCCCUCCAGAAGCUGAUCGUGAGGGAGGUGGCACACGAGGAGAAGGCCAUGUUCCUCAUCUGCGCCUCCUCCAACGAGCCUGAAAUGUAUGAGAUCCACACCUCGUCCAAGGAGGAGCGAGUCACCUGGAUCACGCACAUCCGCCAGGCCGUGGAGAGCUGUCCUCACACAGAGGAGAGGCUCUACAGUGAGGAGGAAGGAGAGAGCGUGCUCCGAAUCAGAGAGUUCCAAGAGCGUCUCACGGUGAAAGACGCGCAGAUCACGCAGGCCUUGACAGAGAAGCUGCAGAUGUUUGCCGAGCUGGCCGAGACCGUGGCCGGCCUGGAGGACGCCACCGCCCCGUCCCGUUCUCGCCUGCUGCUGCGCAGCGAUGCCUCCGACCUCCAGCAGGGGGAGCUGCUGCUUAAAGGAGCCAUCACGGAGGUCGAAAACCUGCAGAACCUGCUGGCUUCUGGUGUGAGAGGAUCUUCUCCACAACCAGAGGAGAACAGGAGCCCAGGGCCCGGGUCUGCUGGUCUGCCCCGCAGGGCCGACACAUUUGGGGGCUAUGACAGCAUGCAAAACACUCUGGAGAAGAAUGGCAGUGUGAAGAAGCAGCCAAAUGGCACAGGCAAGUCCAGGGAGAGGGGUCAGCGAGCCUGCUCUGACCCCCAACUAAAAGAGGCCUGCAGCAGCCAAGUAGCAGAAGAUGUGGAUGGCUCUCCUUUCGCUUGGAACACAAUCUGGUCCAACUCCGGGUUUCCAGAAGCCGAGUUCUAUGACCGUGUUCUCAUGCUGUCUCAGCGCCUCUACAGUCUGCAGGCCAUCGUCUCGCAGCAGGACAGCCAGAUGGAGGUGCAGCGGGCGCAGCUGUCGUGCGCGGAGCACGAGCGUCUCGGCGGCCGGCCACGGCCCGCCGACGCCCUCCUGGAGCAGGAGAAGCAGAGGAACCUGGAGAAGCAGCGCGAGGAGCUGGCGCAGGUGCGCCGGCUGCAGGCGCAGCAGCGGCAGGAGCAGGCACGCUGGGAGCGCGAGCGCGAGCGCCAGCUCCGGCAGGCGGAGGCGGAGCGGCAGCGCCUGCAGGAGCGCGAGGACGCCUGCCGCCAGCUGGAGGCGCACCUCGCCGAGGAGCGGCAGGAGGUGGACAGGCAGCGGCAGACGUACCAACAGGACCUGGAGCGGCUGCGCGAGGCGGCGCGCGCCGUGGAGAGGGACCGCGAGCGGCUGGAGCAGCAGCAGCGGAGGCUGCGGAAGCCCAGCGCGGUGGGCCACGACGCGGGACAGCUCCCGUUCUCGCUCUCCUCCAGCUUCAACGGCGAGCUCGCGGCCGGCCUGGCAAGCGGGGAGCCGGGCCAUCAACCCCGCGCCUUGGUCCGCUCCAGCCCCUCCGUGUCGGCAGCCGACCACCCCGAGCGGUCGGAGGCGCUGCCGCGCCGCGACACGGAGGUGCCCAUCCACUUGAUCAGCACCACCAACCAGCUCCACAAGCAGGCGGGCGUGCAGCAGCAGAUCCCCAAAAAGCUGGCCACCGACAAGGAUAAGGGCAAGGCCAAGGCCAAGGCCAAAGUCUCCCAGCGCACCGACAGCUCAGCUUCAGUGGACAUGAAGCAGAUGUUUCCUCUGAAGCUCUCAUCCAGGGACUCCGAGGGUUCCUUCAAGGGCCGCCGGUCCGUCAGCCCCCAUCAGCAGUCUUCACCUCCGCAGGCCACAGAUUCCCCGAGCCUGACGGACGACUACCCCACCGAGCUGCCCGUACCCACCUACCCCACGGAUCUGCCUCAGCCCAGCCAGACGGGCAGCCUGCAGAGAGCCCAGGCCCAAGGCCUCGGCUCGCUCUACCCCCUCCCCGAUGACAGCACCAAGGAACACGUCAUCUUUUUCUGAAUGCUGCAGUGCAUGCUGGGAAAUGCGGUUCGGCGAGAGAGAGCAAAGAAGGUGGCCAAAGGAAUAAGAACAAAUGCAUUUUGGCUCUGGAAAGAAAAACGUAGGAAGUUUCUUUCGUUUUAAGAUUGUGUAAUCUUUUUUUUAGUCACUUGCGCUGCAGACUUUUGCUCCGUUAAUGGAAGUAAAAGGUGAAGUUGGAGAGAGAUGGUUCAGUGCCCCGCGAAUGACUCCAACAGUACAACUUCGAGCAGGCAAGCAGUGCACCACCAAAUGUAGAAAUCAGUUUGAAUGAAGGAGCUGAACUCAAAGCAGAGAAGACUCAGUCAAUUUAGCACUCCACUGGGUCCUCGCAUCCAACGCGCACCUUUCCCAGAGGACAGUACUGUCGGCCAUUGCCAUGGUGACGUGUCCGUUUAGCUCCAAAGCCUAAUGUUGGAUAAGGGCUUUUCCCCACUUGAUCCUGUACGGAUGGCCUGGAAAAAAAAAAAAAAAAAAAAAAAAAAAACCAGUGAAGGAUUUAAAUUGCGGUUGCCCAGCAAUUGUGUUGCUCUUGGAAACGCACAACCCUUGUGACACCAGAGACGCUCUUGUCUCUGUGCCUCUCCCUUUCCCAAACACACACACACUCACACACUCACUCACACUCCUCUCUCUCUCUCUCUCUCUCUCUCUCUCUCUCUCCAUUUGUGGCGCUGAGCUCUCGGUCCCCAGUCCAGAGUUAUUGGAUUUGAACUCCAUUCUUUCAGCUGACAGAAUGUAAUGUACUGGCUCCAAAGCCCCUCUCUCUCUCUUUUUAAACACCGUUUCAAAGCAGCUUCACCUCCCAGACCAGGGAGAUCGCUGAACUUUUCGCACUGGCGGCUCAGUGUGCCACAGAGCCUGUCUGAUCUGAGGGUUUCCACGUGCUCCAUUGUGCACACAGAAAGGCCCUCCUUCUUUAUGAAACACAAGGCCAAAACCCCCAGUAAUCAUUAUUACAAAUAUUCUGAAAUUCCCGGCCCUGUUGGACUCCUUUCAUUGCUUAUUUGUGUACGGUUUGACAUCUAGGAUUUGGGGACGUUUGAGGGCAUUCCUGCAUUCCUGCAGUCCCCGAGUCCUCCCAGCGGCGAUGCUGUCUGCCCGUGAUGGCCACCUUCGGGCUGGCUCUCCCCCUGUUGGAGCUGUUUGCCUUCCUCUGCCUGUGUGGUUAUACUUGUGUUCCCAUGAGCUGGUGUGACCCGACGAGUCAAAGCGGCAGGUUUCAAAGCCUGGAACUUGUGUAUGAGUCAUUUCACUUUACACUUCAGUUGUAGAACAGACGGGACCUGCUGGUUGGAUUUCCGAUUUACUCAGGCUGACGUUAAAUCUGUGUCUUUACUUUAAAUCUGAAUCUUUAAUUCUGUGUCUUAAAUUCUGUCUUACUUUCACUUUUUGUUUCACUUUAAUUCUGUGCCUUCUGCGUUCGUGGCUCUGUGAUUAUACGAGUUCAAAUGUCCCACAUUGAGUUACUAGAUCCACAUGACACUAAUGAACGGCUUCCUACUGAAAAUUCAGUACAUUUGAAUCAUGCUUUAUAAUAUUGUGAAUUUUGAGACAUUUGUCAGUACAUUUAACAGUUAAACAGGGAGAGGCUGCCUGUACCUGUAUUUUCUUAAUCACAUUUGCAUACUAUUUAAUAUGCAUCUCAGACGAAGAUUAACUUGCAUCAUAACAUAAUCAGAUUACAGGUAAUGAAAGUAACUUGUCUGUGUUUUUAUUCUAUUUUUUAGUUUUAUUCUGUGUGUUUUAUAUGUAUACAUUUUGUAUGGGUAUACAUUUGCAAAAUGAGCUACUGUUAGUCACUUUGAGAUUCUGUUGUUUUAGUAUGUAUAUACUGUACAUAUGACUUCAUAGAGUUCUUCUAUGUGUAUAUGGAGCUGUGAUGUAUGACCUCUGGACUGAGGUGUGGCCAAGGUGCUUGUCUGGUGCAGGGGACUUGUCCUUCUGGAAACUCUGAAAUCAAAGCUUUUUUUCCUUCCAUCCAGUGAAAAAUUGAGACCUUUUUUGGGGGGGACAUUUGAUAGAGAUGCUUUUUGCACAUUUCUUCCAAGGUCAUAAGUGCAUUGUGGAGGUGAGCUGUAUGUUCGAAGCCGACAACCAAAGAGGCACACUGACACCAGAGCAGAGCUCACCACCUGUUCUGUUUCCAGGCUGUUUCCAGGCCAUUUAAAGGGCACCCAUGGUAACUGAAACAAGCCUGCGCGCGGCUGCCAGCCGGGGUCGUGCUCGAGCUGCUGGCUGAAACGGCACGCUUGGCCCUGUGGGGCUCCGCCUGAAGAAUGUGCACUUUACCUCACUGUCAUGUCUCUGUUCAGCGCUCAAACUCUGCUGGUGAACUGUCUAUUCUGUCUAUCCCUGACAAAGCUAAUGCCUUAAGAUCUCUCUCUCUCUCUCCACACCCCCCCUCCUUAUAAAAGGGACCAUUUGAAUCUGUGUCUUAAGUGAUCAUCCAUGUGUCUAAACAGCCCAAGCUUAUUUGGGGAGGAAGGAGCUCAUUUAAAUAUUUGCUGGGUUUUUUUUUGGGGGGGGGGGGGUUCUUUUUCAGUUCUGUGCUAGGUAUGAGCACACUUUCCUGUGUAAAUUAACAGUGAUUUCUGUGCAUUGCCAAUUACACUAGUCACUUUUAGUCGCACACUUGAAGGAGACCUGAAUGUCAUUUUUGUGUUUUGUGUGCUUGUAUUUACAGAUGUAUUUUAAAGUUUGUAGCACCCAAGGCCGCUGUGAUUUUUUUUUAAAAAACUGUAUUUUACUCAAAUAAUACAUACAAAUCUGCUUUAGAGACGUCUACAUUUUAGUAAUAAAAUAUUUAAU